AACAGCCCACAACACAAUAGAGGCCACAUGGGUCCGCUCUAGGGGUUUGGUGCCCAUUAUUCAAGAGUGAAAACUAAAAAAAAACAUCAAAUUGUAAAAAUGAAAAUGAUCGUGAGUUGAUGAUACAUACAGGCGAUGAAUCCCCACCCCAAAUCUGAAAGACGAGUGAAAGUUGCUUAAACCCUAGACCAGAGAGAGCAGCAGCAGCAGCAUUAUAAUAUGGAGAAUCAAAACCCAACAACAACUCAAACCCUAAAUUCUGACAUCAUCAGCACCCUUCCUCUAAACAUUAUUGAAAGUAUUCUAAGUCUAAUGCCACUCCGAGAUGCACUGAGAACCAGCGUUUUGUCAAAGAAAUGGCGCUAUACUUGGCGUGGCAUGCCCAAACUUGUAUUUACAGACGACAUGGUUACAAUGUCAUCUAAUCAUCUUUGCUUACAGUUGAAGAAGUAUAAGCUUGUCAGUGCCAUCUUUCAUGUUUUAUUAUUCCACAACGGUCCGGAGACACUAGAGUUUCACUGUUCGCUUGUUCAUCUUCAUAUGGAGUCUGAGUUUGCCCAAAUGAUAAGUUAUCUUGCAAGGGGAAAUAAAGUGAAACAGCUCUUCUUUCUUAGUGAUAAGAGAUCCUACAAGUUACCCGUUUCUUUCUUUUCAUUGCAAGGAUUAGAACUUGUAUAUCUGGAUAAUUGUACUUUGGAACCACCAUUGACGUUUACCAGAUUUAGAUCACUGACAAGCAUGACUCUUUGGAAUGUUGAGGUUUCUGCUCAAAUGCUUCAGCAUAUCCUCUCCAAGUGCCCGCUGCUUCAGUAUCUCUGUUUGAAUGAAUUACGGAAAGGCAUUGACUCUGUAGCAAGAGGAAACGAGUUUACAUUUGUUAAUCUUUUACCGUGUGUUCCUUUGAUUCAGACUUUGGACAUUUCAAAGUAUUAUAUGAAGUACUUGUGUGCAGGUGGCAUGCCACAUAAGCUUCCAGCUUCACUAGUCCAUCUCAAAGAUCUGUUUCUGUAUGUGUGCUUGCUGGAACAAAAUGAGAUCUCGUCUGCCCUUUGUAUAAUCAGGAGCUCCCCUGUGUUGGAGGGAAUUAUUUUUCAGAUGUAUGAUAAUGACAAGUUGCCUGUUCGACAAACUCCCGCCAACUUUCUUGAUGUAGAAGGGUACCCAGAUUUGAAGUUGGAUCAUCUUGAGUCAUUGGUGAUAGAAAUGUUUAGCAACUUACCUCUUGAGAUGGAUUUUGUGAAACUCAUUAUGGCCAAGUCACCUGUGCUAAAGAACGUGCGAAUUGAGCUUAACGCCAAUGUUUCUGUUGAUGAAGAACUGAAGAUGCUUAGAGAGUUGGUUUCACACCCAAUUUCGCGGGCAUCACCUUCUGCAAAGUUAACCGUUGUACGCCCAAAAACUUCUUGAUGUAGGCGGCUAUUUUGAUGACGCUAGUUAAUUUCCUUAGUUAUUUUAAUGACGCUAGUUAAUGUUUUUAUGGACUAUUUUGUAUGUGUAAUCUAUGAAAUUUUAGUUUG